CAGUGACAGUUGUUUGUUUAUAAUUAUAAAUCAAAAUCUACAAAUCUAGCCCUGCCUGGGGGCGAGAAAUUAAUUUAAUUCCCUUAUCCUGUUUUGAUCGAAUAAUAUGGGUAUUAAAUUAAUAAAAGUAACUGAACAGCUUAGGCUCUAGAAGCAAGACUAUAAACAAUAUGGGUUAAAGCAGGAUAAUAAAAAUGUUCUACUACAAAUUAAAAUUCACAGCAACUGCAAUUAUAGUUUUUACAAUAUUCACCAUAAUAUAUUUUACCAAAAUCAGCAACAAUGAAAAUCUGGACCAAUUUGAGAAGAAAUACCCAGAAAUACUGGUCCAACUGCCCAAAUAUGAAAAACUGUUUCAAAUGAAUAACUUUCAUUAUGUAUUAAAUGCUAACAAAUGUGAAGAUAGUUCAAAAAUACAAGCUUUAUUUGUAAUUACGUCAUAUUUUGGCAAUGUAGAAACAAGAAGUGCUAUGAGAAGAGCCUUUCCUGAAGAAGAUCUGAAGUUAAUUAAUUUAAAAAGAGUCUUUUUACUGGGUUUAGCACCAAAUGAUAAAUAUACUACUCAGGUGUCAGUAGAAUCAGAAAGCAAGAGAUUUAAAGAUAUAAUACAAGGUAAUUUUAUAGAAGCCUACAGAAACCUCACAUAUAAGCACAUUAUGGGCCUUAAAUGGGCAGCUGAAAACUGUUUUGGUGUUGAUUUUAUUAUAAAAAUGGAUGACGAUACAGUUGUUAAUGUAGAUAAGAUUCCUGCACUAUUAAAAUUGUUGAAGGUACCUAAAAGCAAACAUUUUAUAGCAGGCUAUGUGUUAAGGAAUAUGGUACCAAUUCGAGAACCUGCUAAUAAGUGGUAUGUUACUCAGAAAGAAUAUGCUUUAUCGUAUUACCCAACAUUUGUUUCUGGGUGGUUUUAUAUCACUACUCCUAAAACAGCAAAUGAGCUUGUUAAAGUAAGUCAGAUUUCUCAAUAUUUUUGGAUCGAUGAUACUUUUAUAACAGGUAUUUUAGCGCAAAAGCUAAAAAUAAAACACUUUGAUAUUAGUAAGUAUUAUGCUGAACAUUCAGAAUAUAUGGAAUGUUGUCUUGAUGAUAUUCGCAGCAAAAAUUUAAGUUGUGAUAUUUUAAUAGGGCCAAAUGGUGGUAACAAUAAUUUAUUUUAUGAAUUUAACAAUGCUGUUAGUAUAUGCAAUUUAAAUUUAUGUAAAAAUAGGACCAAAUCUCUAAAAGAAACUUGUGUGGCCAAAAAAUCAGUUCAUUUAGGGCAUGGGCAGCCUGUAGUUGAAACAUAUAAACUGCAUUAGUUUUGAGUACAGUAAAACCUCAAUAUAACGGACUAAUUGAGAGAACAGGCUGUCUGAUAAAGCCGAAAGUCUGUUAUAUAAAAAUAGGCUUAAAAUAAAUCAAAAAACUCUUUUUGGAAAUAUGUACAGUGAAGUCGUGAAGUCAAGUAUCGUCAUGCUUGCUUUGGGUAAUCUUGCUUUGAAAAAGGAAAAAGUUUCGUUUCCAUUUUUGAAGUUUGCUGUUUUUUAUAUUCAACUCAUAAUACGAAAAUGCCUAUCAUACAGUUGAACAUCGCUAUCUGAUGAAUAAUUAUGAAACGAGGAUGGAAGUGAAGAUAGCGAAGAAUACAAAACUACUAUUUUUAGCAGUGUUGUUUUCUCUUCUUCCUUCACUUCCAUCCUCAUUUUUUAGGUUAAUAACUGCAUCUGCUAUUUCACUUUCAGUUACCUUCUACCUGACACUACUUCUAGCCAUUGUAAAACAUCUUCCUUAACUACUUCUUCUCCGGCAUUAUUAUAUAUUGUCCUACAGAAAUCAGGAAUUUCCAACCCUUCUAAAUCUAUGCCUGCAUCUUGGCUAUAAUUGUUUGACUGGAUUUUUUGUCUGUUAUAUCCGAAGUCCAUUAAAUAGAGGUCUGUUGUAUGGAGGUUUUACUGUAGUGUAUUCAAAGAGUAAUUGCCUAUUUUUAUUUAUUUCCUGAGUAAACUACAACUACUACUGAUAAUUUAAAUAACUUGUAUUCCAAUUUAUGAAUAUAUACUUCUUUUCACUAGAUUUUCCAUACUUCGUUAUAUUUUUGUUCCAAAGAAUUCCGUUUAGACUUUUAGGCCUUUACUUGCUUCGAGCAAGUACAGGACAGGCACUACAGAUAAAAUCAGCCUAGAUAUAAGGAAAAACAAAAUAGAGACUAUAUUAUAAGACUGUCAGGAAAAUCAAGGAGUGUACAAGAUCAUAGCGCUCAUAUAACAAAUCCCUAAUACAAAUUCAGUUAUUUUGUAGUUGGUACAGCAUGUAUUAAUAUCCUGAUCAUGGCUUAACUUAGUAAUUCAAAACUGUCUUUUAGAGGAAUUUCAUAGUUUCUAUCUUUGUGGGAUCGGUACUCACUGGAGGGACCGCAGAUAUUCGGAUACAAUUAGCAUCUCAUUGUAAAUACAAUGAAGUCGACUUUUUAAAGUAGCAAGACAUUUACUCAACACAUACUACGCAAGGUAUCUGAUUGCAAAAUCAACUGUACCAAGCUAAUGGCCAUUAGUUGUCGAGACAUUAAGCUAAAUAAAAAAAUUUUAGAAAUAUUUUAAAAGACCUUGUUACUAUUUAUUAAUAUGCAUAACCUUUUUGAAUACACUUUACAUGUUUGUGGCAAAAUUUUACUUGGUAAUUUUUGUAUUACUAAUUGCCAAGUAAAAGCUAACUUUAAUUGCUUUGUAUACAUUGUGUAAGGCCUAAUACACUAUAAGUGACUUACCUAUUUUACUAAUAAAUAUUUUGUAAAGUAUUUAAAAAUAUAUUAUGUAUACAACUUUAUAUUUCUAUUGUUAUGCACUAAUGGGAAAAUAUUUCAUACUGAACUUAUCUGUAUUUUUCCAUUUUUCUGUAAGCUUUUAAAACAACUAGAAUUUUUUUCAUUUAUUUAUUUUAUUUAUAAACGGUCAAGCGCAAGCCCAGUUACAAUUAAUGUUAAACUAUAAAUUCAUAACAGUAUAUAUGUAUAUCUAUGGUUACAAUACAAAAAGUUAAUCUGUAUUAUUAUAUGUAAUGUAUAGUAUAUGUAAUGUGAGGAUUAUAUUAGAGAUCAUCCCUUCUUCCCUCAUUUGCUGCUGGACUGGAAUAAUGUUAACAGGACAUAAUGACUGGUUCACAUUAUUCCAGUGUAGUAAUCCAGUGAGUAAUCCACUCUAGUGCUUUACUGAACUAUUCUAGUCAUUUAAAAGCUAUAAAAACUAUUCCAGCCAGUCGAAAGAUCGGUAAUAAUGUUCAGUUCACAUUCUUGCCAGUCCAAUAAUCCAGCACGUUACUUAAGUAUUAUAGUUCUGGGCUGUAUGCUGUAUCUUAUCGUCCACAUUAUUCCAGUCAUUCCAAAGCUGUAAGAUCGGUAACACUAUAGUGACAAUGCUUUAAUGCCAUAAUUGAGCAGUGCAUUAUUGGCCGUUAAUACAAUUCCAGUGGCGCUAGAAUGAAAAAUAGACUGUCAUUCCUGUCAACUGAACUAGAUACAUUAUACAGUAUGUCCCUGUAAGUUGUAUCCAUAUGGAAAACUUUUUUAUUAUUAAUUUUACGAAAAAAAGUUAUUCUUUAUAAAAAGCUCUGCAUGGUCCAAAACCUAAGAUUUAACCACCAAAUAUCAAAUUUUUUGAAUAUUAUACGAGGUAUGUCAAAAAGUUUGAAUUUCACUGAAGAGUAAAGUAGCUUUAUUUUUUACAAUAUUGAAAAUUGCUAUUAUGAAAAGUUGUUUGGAAUUAAAAACUGUAUUCUAGUAUGCAAUUACAUCCUUCUAAUUGAAAAUUUAUUUUUUGAAAAAUUAUGGAUAACUAACAUUAUUUUCAGUUAUUUUAAUUCAGAUAACUCUUUUAUUAUUAAUUUUACGAAAAAAAAGUAAUUCUUAAUAAAAAGUUCUGCAUGGUCUAAGAUCUAAAAUACAACCAUCUUUUGUCAAAUUUUAUCAAUUUUAUUCGAGGUAUGUCAAAAAAUAUGAAUUUCGCUGAAGAGUAAAAUACGUUUAUUUUACACAAUAUCGAAAAUUGUUAUUAUGAAAAGUUAUUUAGAAUUAAAAACUAUGUUUCAGUAUGUAAUUACAUCCUUCUAAUUGAAAUAGUCUGAACUAUAAAGGUAGUUUACUUUUGAUCUAAAUUUAUCUUUUUUGACAUACGAGUACCUCGUAUAAAAUUGAUAAAAUAAGAUGGUUGUAUUUUAAAGUUUUAGACCAUCCAGAACUUGUUAUUAAGAAUCACUUUUUUUCGUAAAAUUAAUAAUAAAAGAGUUACUUAUCAGAAUUGAAAUAACUGAAAAAAUAAUGAUAAUUAGGUAUCCAUAAAUUCUCAAAAAAAUUUUUUUUCAAUUAGAAGGAUGUAAUUAACUAUGAUAAAACCAAUUUGGACCUAUGGUGUUCAACUCUGGGGUUGCUCAAAGCCAUCAAAUAUCAAGAUAAUACAAAGAGUUCAAUCAAAAAUAUUGAGGAUGAUAUUCAACGCACCCUGGUAUGUAAGCAAUAAAACCCUUCACGAGGACUCAUCUACACCCUUGGUAGAGGAAGAAAUUCCAAGGAUCACAAAGAACUACCUUGAUGGACUGAGAAGUCAUCCAAAUGAUGAAGCAAGACUGCUGAACACUCCUCCCGAAUUCACAAGACGACUGAAGAAACUAUGGCCAACAGAUUUAAUAAAUUAAAUAUACAUAUUGUGAUCAAAUGUAAAAAGUAUAAUAGGAGGGUUGCCACAGGGCAGCUUCUCCCUCAUGUAUUUAACAUUCAAACUAUUUGCUCAUAGCUUCGAUGAAGCAGAUUGUAAAUUAAAAUAUGUAAUAAAAAAAAAAGAAGGAUGUAAUUGCAUAUUAGAAUAUAGUUUUUAAUUCCAAACAACUUUUCAUAAUAGCAAUUUCCAAUAUUACGAAAAAUAAAGCUACUUUACUCUUGAGUGAAAUUCAAACUUUUUGACAUACCUCGUAUAAUAUUCAAAAAAUUUGAUAUUUGAUGGUUAAAUCUUAGGUUUUGGACCAUGCAGAGCUUUUUAUAAAGAAUAACUUUUUUUCGUAAAAUUAAUAAUAAAAAAGUUUUCCAUAUGGAUACAACUUACAGGGACAUACUGUAUAACUAUAACUCACUGGAAUGCUUCAUUUCACUGCAGGUUCACAUUAUUACAGUCACAUUCCACCUCUCUACUUCUACUGGAAUGCUGAACUGGACAUAAACGGGUAAUCCAACAUUGGAAUGACAGUUCACAGCGUUCUAGUUGCGCUAGAAUGCGCGAGCCAGGAUGAAAAAUAGACCGGCAUUCCCGAGUUAACUAUCUAUUUUUCGCAUAACAUUAUUUAAGACGCAUUCCAAACUGUGAUCAACGGACAUUAUUCACGGCUCACCACAUAUUCCGGUCCAGUAAUCACGUGAGUCAAUCCAGUACAGGGCUGGACUGGGAUAAUGUGAACCGGACAUUGCAGUGAUAUCAAUGUAUUUAACUUAGAACAAAACUUACACAUUAAAUCUUUAACUUACAUAAGCAAAUGUGAAAAGAAGCAAAAUUGAAAAUGUGAACAAAUAAAUUAAAAUCUACAAAUACAUACUUGUACACUAGUGGCCAAAAUUCUGGAAACUUUACAAAAUUUUUAGUUUUGUAGCAGCAUUCAUCUCGAUGAAACUUGUUGCAUUCGAUUCGUAAAAGACCGGCAUUCCAGUUAACUAUCUAUUUUUCGCAUAACCACUCGCAUUCCAAACUGUGAUCAACGGACAUUAUUCACGGCUCACAUAUUCCAGUCCAGUAAUCACGUGAGUCAAUCCAGUACAGGGCUGGACUGGGAUAAUGUGAACCGGACAUUGCAGUGAUAUCAAUGUAUUUAACUAGGACAAAACGUACACAUUAAAUCUUUAACUUACAUAAGCAAAUGUGAAAAGAAGCAAAAUUGAAAAUGUGAAAAAAUAAAUUAAAAUCUACAAAUACGUACUUGUAGUAUAUGUAGGAUAGACACAAGCAUAAUAUGACAACUUGUCUUUUAUCUUAGGAAAGGUAUGAGAGCAAGAACAAAGAAGAUCUAGAGGAGACUCUUAGACAGAUCGGUAAAGGGGACAGAUAUGAGUAUGCUCUUUUAGAAAAUUGACUAUACGACCUAAUAGUGAAAUUGUGGAAUAUCUUUUAAAUUUUUUUAAAUUGAAUUUUUGUUUCGACUCAUCGAGAGCCUUGUAUAAUUGAUACGGCGGUAGCUACGCCCCUGCAUACGUUAACAGUAUCAAUAAGAGAAUAUGAUAAAAGAAUACAGAUAGAUAUAAAAAUAAAUGAACAUAGAUAAGUAAAAACAAUUAUUUUGUGUCGAUAAUUAGCUACUUUUGAUUGUUAUAUCACUAUAAAUAUUAAUGUACAAAGUAUAAUAAAGAAAAAACAGAUGUUAACUACAGUAUGCCAGAUUUUCCCUUCGUGUAUAUAGGUUUUUGGGGUCAACAACAGUAUUUAUAUACACAUGAGUGAAAAGACACUAAACUUGUUAAAAAUGUAUUGAAAAUUUUAUAUUAAAAUAUUGUUUAUAUUUAUUUAAAUUAUAUAUUUUUACAUGUUUGUGUAAAAUAAAACCAUGACUAAGUA